AGCCCUUGCCCCUACAGCCCGCUAGAGACUUUACCCGUAGGGAGCUUUGUCUGUCUCACCUUCACCUCCAUCUUUGUCUCUCUCACAGCCGUGGAACUCCCGCACCGCGAUCACCAACUCGGCCCCCAUCAACCCCUCUCCAUCCAGCCCGCGUCAGCGUUUCCACCAUCGACAUCAUCAUCAUCAGCAGUGGCAUUAUCAUCAUCAGCAGCGGCAUUAUCAUCAUCAUCAGUGGCAUCAUCAUCAGCAGCAGCGGGAGUACGAGCAGCAUCGUUAACAUCAGCGGCAUCAUCGUCGUCACCAUCAUCAUCAUCAGCAGUGAGAGUUCCAGCAUCAUCAUCAUCAGCAGCAUCGGCAUCAUCGUCGUCACCAUCAUCAUCAGCAUUGGGAGUUCUAGCAUCAUCAGCAGCAUCGGCAUCAUCGUCGUCACCAUCAUCAUCAUCAGUGGGAGUUCCAGCAGCGUCAUCAGCAUCAUCAUCAGUGGGAGUUCCAGCAGCGUCAUCAUCAUCAUCAUCAGUGGGAGUUCCAGCAGCGUCAUCAUCAUCAUCAUCAGUGGGAGUUCCAGCAGCGUCAUCAGCAUCAUCAUCAGCUGCACGGCCACCAAUGCCGACGUCUCGCUUCCCGUUCUUCCCCUCGUUGCCAUCGCUGCCUUCUCAGUCUUCGCCAUCAUCGUCGUCAUCAGCAGCCCUCGGAGGCAGCGUGAGGGUGCGUCAGCGUCCCCAGGGGCACCACCACCGCGCCUUCCGCCCCAUCAGCCUGCCGCCCGUGCUCAUCGGAGCCGUGUGGGGGGCGCCCCCCGGGAACUCCACGCGAAAAGCGUCCGGCAACUCCCCGCUAAACUCCGGGAACUCCACGCAAAUUUCCGGGAAUUCUCAAGACGACCGCUCCGGGGAUUCCCAAUUUUUCUCCAGGAAUUCCCCACAAAACUCCGGGAACUCCCCACAAAAUUCCGAAAAUUCCCCACAAAAUUCCGGGGAUUCUCACGACGACCGUUCCGAGAAUUCCCAAACUCCCCCCGGGCGUUCCCAAAGAAUCUCCGGGAACCUCCAACAAAACUCCGGGAAUUCCCAAAUUUUCUCCUGGAAUCCCCGAAGUGGCCUCGCAGAGAACCGCCAAGACGACCUCUCCGGGAACUCCCAAACUGCCCCCGGGCGUUCCCGCAAGAGCUCCGGGAACCUCCAACGUCGCUCCGGGAAUUCCACGGCGGGAGGCCGUUGCCGGCUGUCGAUCCCCUGCGGAAUCUCGGAGGAUUCGACGGCCGAUUCGGCGGGAACCUCCGAGGCUUCUCCGGGAAGUUGUGGAGUUUCACCCGGAAUAUCCGCCUCCUCCUCCGUGGGGACCACCUCCGCCGUGGGGACCUCCUCCUCCGUGGGGACCUCCUCCUCCGUGGGGCACACCUCCUCCGCGGGGACCUCCUUCUCACCCACGAGAAUCUCAUCCACCUCCUCCACCUCCGCGGGGAUCUCGCGUUCCUCCUUCCGCUCCCCCGCCUCCUCCACCUCCUCCACCACCUCCUCCACCACCUCCUCCACGCUGUCCCUGCACCACCGCGAGGGGGAGGAGCCGGAAGGGGAGGAGCCAGAGCCGGAAGGGGAGGGGCCUAGGGCAAAAGGGGGCGGGGCCAAGGUGGCGAGGUCGGAUAGUGGGCGGGGCCGCUACGGCCGCGGCUUCCGCCAGGCGGUCGUCACCCCGCGCACCGCCCUCAUCAUGGCCAACCUCGCCGCCACGGCGACGGUUGCCGCGGCGACGGUUGCCACGGGGACCGCGGCGACGGCUGCCACGGCAACCGCGGCGACUGCGAAGGGGACGGCAGCGACGCAGGUUCAGGGUUCAGGUUCCGGCCGUAAGAGCAGCUGA